AUUUAUCUUCACCGAGAGUGCUAGGUGAAGGAGGUGAAAUGAAACCUCUUGAAUCAGUGCUGUCCCACCAUCCAACUGGGACUAUUGGGAGAAGAACAAAGUGCUCCAGGCCAAACCUCACAUCGUGCCGUCCGGAUUAUUCCGAAUUUGUUAAAGGCAUAGGAGCUAACAGAGACGGCCGGCAAUAUGAGCACUCCCGAAAAACAGCCCCCGCCUAGCUAUCAAUCCAGUGAAAAGGGUCGAUUUCACUACAGCAAGAAAUCCACAUACGCUCAGGUACUUGUGGCAUUACUUCAAAACUGGUUGCUUCUGGAUUUUGGUAUGAUGCUUGCCAUGCCCGCUAUCGUCUUGGGUUCUCUUCACAACCAUCCGUCAGAAGAGCUCUGCUUGAACGAUGCUCAAGCGUCGUGGUUCGGUAGUAUCUUGUUCUUCUCUCACCCUCUGGGGAGUCUCUGUUCGGGGUUCUUCCAAGAGCAGUUCGGACGGAAAGGCUCCAUGAUGCUGGUCAACAUCCCGAUCUUCAUCGCGUGGAUCACCCUCUACUUCGCCGAGUCGGUCUACGCCCUCUACUUCGUGGCGCUGACCAUGGGCCUCGGCAUCGGCUUCGACGAGGCGCCUCUCCACUCCUACAUCGGCGAGAUGGGCGAACCCCAUCUUCGCGGCACUCUCUGCGCUCUCCUCUGUGCCGCCAGCUUCUUCGGCACGCUCGUCAUGUACUUCAUCGGGUACCUGGUUCCCUGGAGAACGGCCGCUUUGAUCAGCAGUGCUGUUCCCAUUAUCACUGUUGUCUGCAUGUCACAAAUCCCGGAAUCACCAACAUGGCUCGUCAUGCAAGGUCGCUUGAAGGACGCUCAAAAAUCUCUGUGCUGGUUGCGGGGAUGGACUGAACCAGAGGUUAUACGAGCCGAAUUUGAGCAGCUGUGUAGCUACGCCAAAAUUUCUCCCAAUCCCGAUCAAGAAAAAAACCCCGAAAAAGAAAAAUACGAGUUGGUCCCGGGCAAUGACAAUGAAAAAGUAUCUCCUGAAGAGGAAGAAAGUUAUUUAAAAACAAAAUUCAAGGAACUAACUGACAAGAAGCUGCUACUUCCACUGCGGAUGGUUUUUAUUGUCUUCAUAUUCUGUCACGCGACACAACUCACGGCGAUGAGACCUUACAUGGUCGGUAUUCUGGAUGAAUUUGGGUUUCCUGUUGACAGUAAACUAGUUUUGAUUGUGACUGGCGCUUCAGUCUUCGCGGGCACAACGAUGAACAUGCUUUUCCUGAGGAAGUUUGGUAAACGAAAGAUGACGCUGACGUCGCAAGGAAUGGCGGCUCUUUGCAUCCUCCUUCUGGGCGUCUACUGCUCAUUCUACGAUCGUUCGAAUCGAAUCUUGAGCCUGGCCUGGAUGCCAGUCGCUCUCAUGCUACUCGCCAGUUUCUUCGGUGGUCUUAGCUUGGCCCUCCUCCCGUGGCAACUUCUCAGCGAGGUCUUCCCUCUCAAGGGUCGUGGAGCAGCAGGAGGUAUAUCAGCCGCAUGGGCGUACUACGUGAGUUUUGCAAUGUCAAAAACCUACUUGUACCUAGAGCACUGGAUCAAGCUGAACGGAGUCUUCUUCUUCUAUGGCGGGAUCACACUUUGCGGUUUUUUGUACUUCUUGCGCAACCUCCCGGAGACCGAAGGAAAGUCUUUAGAGCAGAUUGAGUCCUACUUCACUAAGAACUACGACAAAAGAGAAAUGUUCUCCAAACCGAAGCGUAGUAAAAAGUUACCGUGUUCCGCAGAAACGGAGGGCAACAUGUGUAUCCCUGAAGAGCCAAGCCGACAAUCUAGAGAAAUGGGUCCAUUCAACUACGACAGGAGGUCUACGUACGCCCAGGUUCUCGUGGCACUGCUCCAAACCCCUAUGAUCUUCAAUUUUGGUAUGAUGCUCUCCAUGCCUACUAUUGUCUUGGGAGCUCUUCACAACCGCAAGUCAGAAGCGCUCUGGUUGGACGAUGAUCAGGCGUCGUGGUUCGGUAGUAUCUUGUUCGCAACUCACCCUCUCGGCAGCGUCUGUUCGGGGUUCUUCCAGACAUACCUCGGCCGGAAGGGUUCCAUGCUAUUAGUCAACAUUCUAUUCUUCAUCGCGUGGAUCACCCUGUAUUCCGCCGAAUCGCCCCUCGUGCUCUGCAUCGCGGCGCUGACCAUGGGCCUCGGCAUCGGCUUCGACGAGGCGCCUCUCCAUUCCUACAUCGGCGAGAUGAGCGAACCCCACCUUCGCGCCACUCUUUGCGCUCUCCUGGUUUCCUGUUCUUGGGCCGGAGCGCUCCUCAUGUACCUCAUCGCGUAUCUGGCGCCUUGGAGGACUGUCGCGCUCAUCAGUAGCGCUGUCCCUAUUUUCACCAUCAUCUGCAUAUCACAGAUUCCGGAAUCACCCACAUGGUACGUUAUGAAAGGUCGCUUAAAUGAUGCCCAAAAAUCUUUGUGCUGGUUGAGGGGUUGGACUGAACCAGAUGUAACACGGACUGAAUUCGAACAGCUGUGUGGCCACAUCAAAAAAUCUUCAAAUUCCGAUCAGGAGAAACCCCAAGCAGAAGAAAAGUACCAAGCUGUCCCAGGGAACGACAAUGAAAAAGAGUCCGUUGGAAAGGCGGAGAGUCUCUUCAAAACAAAAUUCAGAGAGCUGACGGAUAAAAAGCUGCUACUCCCAUUGCGAAUGGUUUUCAUUGUCUUCAUUUUCAGCCGUGCGACACAACUUACGCCAAUGGGACCUUACAUGAUCGGCAUUCUGGAUGACUUUGGGUUUCCCGCCGACAGUAAACUAAUUUUGUUUGUGGCCGGCUUAUCAGGUUUUGCGGGAACACUUAUGAAUAUCCUGCUCGUGCGGAAGUUGGGAAAGCGAAAGAUAUCGUUGACGUCACAAGGGACAGUGGCAUUUUGCAUGCUCCUACUUGGUGUCUACUGCUCAUUUUUCGAUCGUUCGAAUCGAAUUUUGAGCUUGACCUGGAUACCGAUCUCUCUUUUAGUGAUUGCCGGUUUCUUCGCUGGACUCAGCAUGGCGCUCCUACCAUGGCAGCUUCUCAGCGAGGUCUUUCCUCUCAAAGGUCGCGGUGUAGGUGGAGGCGUAUCAGCGGCGUAUGCUUACUACGUGAGUUUUGCAAUGACGAAAACAUACUUGUACCUGGAGCACUGGAUCCAACUUAAUGGCGUCUUCUUUUUCUACGGUGGAAUCACUCUUUAUGGUGUCUGGUACCUCUUGCGCUACCUCCCGGAGACUGAGGGAAAGUCUCUCGAACAGAUUGAGACCUACUUCACCAAAAACUAUGACAAGAAAGAGAUGUUCUCCAAACCUAGGGGAAGUGCCGCCUAGACGAUCUCUGGGACAUUCAUGUUUUUUCUGUGAUAUCUUGAAUUAGUUCGUAAGUUUGAGGAUCCUGGAUUUUGGGAGAUAUUUAAAAUUCGGUAUGCUUUCUGUGUAAAAGAAGCAGCACACAUUUUUCUGACUCAAAAUGAUCAGUCCGACUUCCCCGGAUCCUGCUGUAAGACCUAGUUCUAUUACCUCUUCUUACGAGUUGAACCUCUGACUAAAAUUUGACGAGUGCAUCAGAACCUGUUUUUUAAACGGAGGUUGAGACUCUUUGUUCAAAAUAUCCCACCGGUACUAAAAAUGUCAAUCGAACUACUAGACCUUAAAAUUUAUCAUUUAAGCCCUCAAAUCUCAAAAAAUACCUCGGAGGUUGACAUUAAAAACCAAUGGAGGUAAAACUGACCUUAAUUAUGGUAUAGUAAAGUCAACGAGAAUAAUUGUAAUCAACGUUCCAAGUAAGAUGUAUCGGAAGUGUUGGAUUUUUGUAUUCUUCCUCCUGUAGGAUAGAUCAUUUUUGUUAAUACCUAGAAUUAAUGCGAAUUUAACUUUUUCAACCCGCAGACACGCUCGCAUAAGCGCAUUUACAUACACAGGGAGUGGUCAUACAUCUAUAAUACUCACUAGCACAUUGCUAUUUUUCUAUCUUUUUUGUAUUUUUCUCUCGAUGUAGUUUUUGUAUUAAAAGUUUUUUUUUCUAAAAAAG